GGCUUUUCAUUACAAAAUAUUUAUUCAAAAAAAUCUCUAAAAGAUAUUUCAAUUCAUCAUUUUGCAUUACUUGCUUUAUUAGCUAAAAUAUCCUGGUGUUUAUUUAUGCCAUUUUGGUUUUUUUAUGAUGGAUUGGAUAUAUAUAAUGAUACGAAAUACCAUACUCAUAAUAGAGCAAUGAAAAUUUUAUUUUAUUUAUCUAUUGAUGGUGUACUCAAUUUUCUACAUAAUGUUGUAGCAUUUACAAUGAUUUCACUUGUAUCACCAUUAUCAUAUAGUAUUGCAAAUAGUACAAAACGAAUUGUUGUUAUUUGUGCUUCAUUAUUCAUAUUAAGAAAUCCAGUAACAACAACAAAUGUUAUUGGCAUGAGUUUAGCACUAUUUGGUGUUAUGUAUUACAACAAAGCUAAAUAUGAUCAACGUCGUGCUCAAUAUAAACAAGCUAUUAUCCCAUUAGUUCGAAGUGAACCCAAUUUACAUAAAUUAAAUCUUGAUAUUAUUCGAAUAAAUCAUCCCGAUGCUGAAUUAACAUCUCGACAUCAUCCAAUAUUACAUACCAGUGGUCCAUAUUACAAUGGUUUUAUCCCAAAUUAUGCAAGUCAAUCAUAUAAAGAUAUAUGA